CGCAGCAACAUCUUUUUAAUUUCGCUCGCUUAGUUUUGGUUUUGCCGCCCUGCAUUUUUGACUUUGGUUUUUCUUUUAGUUGUUGGCAUAAUUUUUCCUUUCGGUUUUUUGCGUAAUUUUUGGGUGCAAACUAGCUACCCCAACAUAUUGGCGACCGUGACAGGACGGCAAGUUUAUUUUAAAUUCGUUUUGUUGUCGUGCGAACUUCGUGGUUUUUAAAAUAAAUUAAAUAUUGCACCGGUUUCGCGGCUGUGUGGGUGCAUUAAAUAAAAAAUAAAAAUAAAUUUUUGCUGGACUCUGGAGUCACUGUUCUGGAGUCACUAUUGGAGUGACGGGGAAUUGUUGGAGUGACUGCAUCUUGGUGGUGAGCGCUUUAAAAGCGAAAACUGCUGGGUACUGUUGCUGUGCUGCUGGACAUCGGUGCUUUGAGGACGUUUGCGGUGCAUUACAUUACAUAGCCCCGAUGAACCGAUUCGAACGUAUUGCCUAAAUACAGUAACUUACGGAACACCGCCUGCUCCAUUUUUAGCGAUUCGUUGUUUACAACAACUGAGUGACAUGUUUGCAGAUCAAUAUCCACUCGGUUGUAAGGUUAUACGAGAAGAGUUUUACGUGGAUGAUAUGUUAUCUGGAGCCAAUGAUAUUACGGAACUAAAGCAAAUCCAAAAAGAAGUUGUCGAAAUUCUAAACUCUGGAGGAUUUAAACUAGCAAAGUGGCAUUCCAAUCAUCCCAGUCUACUAAAAAAGGAGAAUUAUGAAAAAGCGUUGAAAGAUGACAGAAAUAGCAUGAUAAAGGCGCUCGGAGUUACGUGGUCUCCUAAGAAAGAUAGGAUAAACUUCAAAAUUGAUCCAAACUCGGAACUCUGGCUCUUAAAGUUGGCAUGGGAUGAGUCAAUUCCCCAAAAUUUGAGCACUUCAUGGCAAAAUUUGGCAGAAAAUUUGGCACAGUUCGUCGGUCGUCGGGGAGUUCCAGUGAGGAUAUAUUGCGACAACGCCACCAACAUCGUGGGCGCCAACGCGAUAUUGAAAGAGCAGAAAGAGAUAAUGUUCGGGGAAGGCAAGCGCAAGGAAGUCGCAGCGUUCGCAGCAGAGCGAGGAGCCGCAUUCGUUUUUAUACCCCCGCGCGCACCUCAUUUUGGCGGACUGUGGGAGGCACCCGUCAAGAGCGCCAAACACCUAAUGCUUCGCACAAUAGGCGACACCGCCCUAACGUUCGAGGAGCUCUCCACGGUACUCGUCGGCGUGGAGGCAAUUUUGAACUCUCGUCCAAUCGCGGGAUCGGGCGAUCCCAACGACGGCGAAGCCAUAACGCCCGCACAUUUAUUAAUAGGCGAUUCCCUAAUGGCCGUUCCCGAGCUACAGCCAACAGCCAACAACUGGACAUAUUUAGAUCGCUGGCAGCGAGUAUCAUACCUGAAGGGACGAUUCUGGUCAGAAUUCCAACGGGAUUACAUCCUGGGUCUUCAGACCAGAACGCGAUGGGCCAAGCCGCAACUCAACAUCGAAAUCGGCAACCUGGUCAUAAUACACGAAGAGAAUUUGCCGGUCGAGUAAUAGAUAUAAAAACUGGCGCCGACGGUAAGGUGCGAGUCGCGGACAUUAAAACAACGGCGGGCAUUUAUCGGCGUGCCAUUCACAAGCUUGCGCUGCUCCCAAAUAACACUACUUGAAGACCGAUGGUCAUUCAACGGGGCGGAAUGUUGGAGCACAGUAGUGUUUAUCUCUUUCUAUGAAAUUUAAUUUGUUAAUGAAUUGUACUUCAAUUGAAUUUUUAUCCACACUAAAUAUGUAUGUACUUAUGUAUGUAUAUAAGUAUUUAUGCAUGCUUAUGCUUAAAGUUAUUGAAUUUGUAUCAGUUGAAUGUAUUGUAUCUAAUUUCAGAUGUACAUCUUCGGUACAUCCUUAAAGAUAAACUGAAUUACUAUUUUAAUGCAGCCCUGCGUGGCCUUCCAGUGCAUGCAUACAUACGCACAUACAUACAUAUUAUAUGCAUACUCAAACUUAGCUUGUAAGCCUAAUUUAUGUAAAAUUUGAAUUCAAUAUACUUUGUGACACCCACGCAGCAACAUCUUUUUAAUUUCGCUCGCUUAGUUUUGGUUUUAGUUUUGCCGCCCUGCAUUUUUGACUUUGGUUUUUCUUUUAGUUGUUGGCAUAAUUCUU